AUGUCCCACAGAGACACGAUUCCCCUCCACCCGAGCUCCCAAUCGGACAUUGACGAAAUCGAGAACCUCAUCAACUCCUACCCCUCCUCCGUCCGCCCCGCGUCGCCUCCACGCGCCUCCAUCCCCAUCUCCUCAAACCCCCCGCCACCUCCUUCGUUUGCCCCCUCCAACAUCCCUCCUCCCUCCUUUUCCAAACCUGCGCCCGUUCCCUCAGCAGCCCCCAAACCCCCCGUCCCCCCUCCACGUGGAUCCACCAGCGGCGGGGGUAGCAUUGCCUCUUCCGGGUUCGGGCCCGCCCCGAACACCCUGACGGAGCCCGUCUGGGACACCAUCAUGCGGGAUUUGACGAGGAUAGUCAGCAAUUUGAAGCUCGUCGUUUUCCCCAAUCCGUUCAGGGAGGAUCCCGGGAUGGCGUUGAGGGACUGGGAUCUAUGGGGACCCUUUUUCUUCAUUGUGUUCCUAGGCCUCGUGCUCUCUUGGUCUGCAUCUGUUGAGAAGGUUUGUGAAAUUUUAGUUUUGAUGCCUCCCGAAAAUGAUAUCUUCUAUGGCGGUCUGUGGCGCCACCAUAACCACCAUCCUUCACAAAUGUCUAAUGGCGUCCGCUACUCCAUACGGCUAUGGCGGAAAUUCGACAACACUUGCACAAGCCUUGAAUAUCUCUUUGUUAAUGUCUUACAUUAUGUUCUUCACUUAAGGCUAUCCUUUUGCACAAGAGGUGACAUCUCCAUCUACGGCCUCCAGAUGAAACUUCGUUCUGAGGUUUUUGCAGUUGCAUUUGCACUGCUUGCAGCAGGAGCUGUCAUUUUGACCUUGAAUGUUUUGCUGCUGGGUGGCCAAAUUAUCUUCUUUCAGAGCCUGAGCCUUCUAGGCUACUGUCUGUUCCCUCUGGACAUUGGUGCCUUGAUUUGCAUGCUCAAUGGCAAUGUAAUCGUCAAAGUUGUUGUGGUGGCUCUCACUUUGGCAUGGAGCUCUUGGGCUGCUUACCCGUUCAUGAGCACUGCCGUUAACCCAAGAAGGAAAGCUCUUGCACUUUACCCAGUCUUGCUCAUGUAUGUCGACUCCGAGGAGUUCGGCGCCCUGUACGCGGCGGCAUUGAAAGACGGCGGAGACGACGAGGGGGAUGGCGGUGAAGAGGACGUGCGGGAGGCAUUUAGGGUUUUCUAUUGGAGUCGAUUUAGGUGGCUACUAGAGGGUCAACUUCGGCGACUUCCGACAGAUGAUGAAGUGUCGCUGCUUUGUCAAGGUCCUUCAAAGCGUGAGGGUUCGACUUUGAUUUUAAGCUUGCGGACGAUUCCAUGCUCGCCUUGUGGAGAUACGAGCAGUAUCUUUGAUGCAUCGACGUCUGAAUUGAUUGGAAGGUUGCGGAGUGCAGGGUACAUUUUGACGAGGUGGGAUUCAUUCAGUUUACGAGCUUCUGUUCGUGCUUUUGUUAUUGAUUCGAAGAAAAUGAUGGUUUGUUUCUGCAUCUUGAAAGAUGCCUGCUAUUCUCUUUAUUUCUUUAAAUAUGGAUCACAAAUUGAUGAGGUGUUCCAUGAUUAUAAUGAUAAUACAGGUUCCGACAUGGACACCCUCUUGAUUUCAAAGAUUCGGGAGGAAUACCCAGACAUGAUGAUGCUCACCUUCUCCGUUUUCCCUUCAGCCAAGAUCUCUGACACCGUGGUCGAACCCUACAAUACUACUAUGUCCGUCCACCAGUUGGUCGAGAAUGCCGAUGAAUGCUGGACUUUUCUUGAAUGUAAUCGUGUUGUCUCCCGUAAAAUUUUCCAAUUCACAAAUGUGAUCCCCCCUAAAAUCAUCUUCUUUUUGCCUCUCUCCAUUUGGCGACCUGAACCACCUAAUCUCGGCAACCAUGACGGGUCACGUGCUGCCUCCGCUUCCCGGGUCAGCUCAACUCCGAGUAAUAUGAACGACUUGGUGGCCGAGUAUCAGCAGUACCAAAACGCGACUGCCGAUGAGGAUGAGGAGUACGAGGAUUAG